UUUAUCUUCUCAAUGUUAUAAUUGACUUUGAUAUAUAUAUUUAUUAAUCUCUCUUUUUUUAUUAAACUUACUUGAUUCCUUUUUACAGAAUUUGAAAUUUAGACUUAACCCCUUAAGCAGUUUGCCCGUACGGCGUAUGGGCAUAGAUAUUUUCUCCUUUCCUUUUCUGGUUUGCCCGUAUUUUUCAUUAUUGUAAAGAUACUAUUUAGUAUUAAUAUUUUUCGACAGAUGGCGUGACUUGUCCAUGUAACUGAAAUGCUUUUCAUCCGGCUUUUUCUUUGUAGCGGGAAAGGGGGGAUUCUUCUUUGAAAUUUUUGUUCUACUGUAUUCAAUGCUUGUGAAUUUAAAACCUUGUCUUUUCUUAUGGAAGUUAUGGAUGGAAUAAACGACGAAAAUACUUUCUUGUUAGAUGAUGAACUACAUUCUGAUACAAAUACAGAUAUUUCAUCUAAUUAUUUGGAUUAUUCCUCAGAUGAAUCAGGCAGUGAGCUCAGCUCUGAUGAAGAUUUGUGUUCUGCAAGGAUUUUUACCGAGGUUGAUGUAAAAAAUCCACCUGUUCCGUGUCCUCGAUUUAAAUUUACUGGUAUUCCUUCUGUGCACACACAAUUUGACGACACUUCUGAUGUUUUAGAAUUUUAUGAAACAUUCAUUGAUUCUUCACUCAUGAGUAAAAUUGUGGAAGAGACAAAUAAAUAUGCUAAACAGUGCAUCCAAUCAAGUGUUGCAAAAUAAUUCUCAAAGAGUAAAUUUUGGGAAGAGACAACUGUGAACGAGUUGCAUGUAUUUUUCUCUCUGAAUAUACUUCAAGGAAUUGUGAAGAAACCUGGAAUUGAUCAUUAUUGGAGCAAAAGAUAUUCGACUAAUACACCUUUUUUCUCUAAAAUAAUGUCUAAUCGUCGAUUCUGUCUUUUGCAAUGUUACUUGCAUUUUUCUGAUAAUGCAGCAUUUGACAAAGAAAAUCACGAAUGCCCAAAAUUAGUUAAAGUUUGGCCAGUUGUAAAACAUCUCAAUAAGAAAUUUAGUGAAACGAUGACACCAGAGCAAGAUGUAACAAUAGAUGAGAGCCUUAUGCUAUUCAAAGGACGACUAGGAUGGAAACAAUUUAUUCCACUCAAAAGAGCUAGAUUUGGAGUAAAAUGUUUUAUGUUGUGCGAAUCCAAUUCUGGUUAUGUCUGGUCAAUAAUAAUAUAUACAGGUAAAAACACAAUUCUGAAACCUGAAUAUUCUAAACUUUGCUUUUCAUCACAAAUUGUCCUGACAAUGAUGGAGCCUUUGCUUCAUAAAGGAUACUGUCUUACGAUAGACAAUUAUUAUUCUUCGCCAGAAUUAGCAGACAAACUAGUUUCGUGUCGAACGGACACAUACGGCACACUAAACCUCAAGAGAAAAGAAGUCCCAAAAGAAAUACAGAAAAGAAAAUUGAAAAAAGGAGAGAUUAUAGGUUUUCAGAGAGGAAAAGUUACUGUGAUGAAGUUGAUGGAUAAAGAAAAAGUUUCAUUACUUUCCACAAUUCACAAUACUGAAAUGGAACAAAUUCAAGUCCGCUCUGAUAUGAAACAAAAACCGAAAAUUGUUAUGGACUAUAAUAAUACUAUGGGAGGAGUAGACCGCAUGGACCAAAAUUUGAAGAGUUUUGAAAUUAUCAAGAAAAGGGGUAAAAAAUGUUACAGAAAGAUUUUUUUCCGCAUUUUUGAUAUUGCUGUAUGGAACUCAUAUGUUGUCUACCGUAAAAACGGAGAAAAAAGUACACAACUGGAAUUUAGACUUGAUCUCGUUGACCGUAUAAUUGAAACAUAUCAUUUGGGACAAAAUUUCCGACGUGGACGACCAGGUUCGGAGCCUAAUCCUCUGAGAUUGACAGAGAGACAUUUUUUGGAAAUAAUUGCUCCCACAGAUAAGAAAAUGAGACCUGCAAGACAAUGCGCAGUGUACUGUUCUAAAAGAAAUGAGAAUGGAAAAAGAAUACGAAAAGAAACAAGGUAUUUUUGCCCUGAUUGCGACGUAGGACUCUGCAUUACACCAUGCUUCAAAUUAUACCAUACACGAAAAGACUUCUGAACUGUUUGGAAAAAUAUAAACUUCAAAAUUCACAGUAGCGUAUUUGAUCCAUAUGUCCCACCUGAAGGAGAUGGCAAAAUUUCUGCAUUAUCAAAUCCCG